AUGCCUUCACGGACGGUAUCACCGACAAUGUCACCAGGUCCCUCGUCUCCGAUUCUCUCACCCCUCGAAGCCCCUGAAGAUCCUGCCACAAGCCCCGACCUCGUCCACUCGUUGUCCCAUACAAGCACCGUCCUCGCUCUCGCCGUGAGUCCACAGCAUGAGACGAUCUACGCCGGUACACAAGACGGAGAGAUUGCAGCAUGGUCUCUUGACACAUUCCGACAGGUCCGCCGUGUCCAAGCCCACAAGCGAAGUGUCCUAUCCUUAUCGUUGUCGCCCGAUGCGUCACUCCUGUUUUCCAGCGCUGGAGACCCCAUCAUCAAUGUCUGGGAUCCAAGCACCUUGACUCGACUUUACGAAAUCUACGGCUCCUACGAUGUCGGCGAUAUCUUUUGUACUGCAUACAGCCCCCAACAUGAGACACUAUACAUCGGUGCACAAAACGCCACCAUUCAAUGGGUUGGCCUCAACGACGUUACAGCUCGUGUGUCCCCCGAGUCACAGCAGCAUCCUGAUCGACGAAAUCAUCGCUUCUUCGACUCCAAAGCUGUUGGUGGUGGCGCAAGUACGCCUCGACGAAACGACGAUCGAUGGGGAUUGAUACCCAAAGCACACACUGUUCUCGAGAUGCAUGCAGGCUGCGUCAAAAACUUUGCCCACUAUGGAUAUGUGUACUGUAUGCUCAUGGCCAAGGGACCAACAGUCGAUGUUGGGACAGACGAUGAUGUCCUGAUCUCUGGUGCAGGUGACGGCACAAUCAAGCUUUGGAGUCUUGGGCAUACUGUUGAGGAUGACGAGGAGCUUAGCGGUGGUAUCCAAGAGAUUAUGACACUGGGCUCUGACGAUGGCGAGUCUGUCCUAUCUCUGGCACUUGACAGCUCGUUUCUUUACGCUGGAAAGCUUGACGGUAUCGUUGAACUAUGGGAUCUCGAUACUGCGCAGCGAUUGAGGGUUAUCAAGGCCCACGACUGCGAUAUCAUGUCGAUACAAAUGGGCUGGGGAUAUUUGUGGACUGCUGCAACUAAUGGUUGGGCCAGUAAAUACAGUACCACCCACUACGGCAAAUACCAACACGCUUCCUCUGGAACCGUUCCCCAGAAGUAUCAGUGCCUCCUAAGAUGGGAAGCUCAUCAGGGCAAGGUCCUUGCAUCGGCUGUCACGAACUACAAGAACAAGCAAUACUUUAUCACCGGUGCCAACGAUGACAAUAUCUCGAUUUGGUCCAUAGACACCGAUAAGUGCAACAGUAAAGAGAAAGAAGUAUCACAGGAUUCGGACAACCUCUUACUGUCGUCAUUGCGAGAAUUUGUGUCAUACAAGACCGUCUCCUCUCGCCCCGAGUUUGCAGAAGACUGCCGCAAGGGAGCUACUUACCUUGGUGCGCUGUUCAAACGUCUCGGGGGUCAUGUUGAGCUACUCAGCACCGAGAAGCACCACAACCCUGUCGUCUACGCCCAUUUCUCAGCCAAGAAGGAGGCUGCUGAGAGACGAAAGCGAAUCCUCUUUUACGGCCAUUACGAUGUAGUCGCCGCCGACAGCCGCAAAGGCAAAUGGGAGACUGAUCCAUUCACAAUGCAAGGAACUAACGGUUACCUAUAUGGUCGUGGUGUCAGUGACAACAAGGGUCCCAUCAUCGCUGCGCUGUAUGCAGUGACUGAUUUGAUGGAGAAUCAGCAACUGGAAAACGAUGUCAUCUUCCUCAUUGAGGGCGAGGAAGAGUUUGGAUCAUUAGGCUUUGAGGAAGCUGUCAAGAAGAACAAAGAGCUGAUCGGCGAAGUGGAUUAUAUCCUGCUUGCCAACAGUUACUGGUUAGAUGACGAAGUCCCGUGCUUGACGUACGGUCUUCGUGGUGUUCUGCACACAACUGUGUGCGUUGAUGCGCCUCGUCCGGAUAUCCACUCGGGCGUCGACGGCUCUUACAUGAUGAAUGAGCCUCUUUCAGAUCUCACUCAGAUCCUUGGCAAGCUCAAGGGCCCUGGCAACCGGGUACAGGUUCCCGGCUUCUACGAUGGCAUUCUUCCGGUGACACCUGAAGAGGAAGCGCGCUACGAUGAUAUUGCCCAGAUCUUGAUCCGCAGCAAUCCUGAAAAGGGCCCCGAGGAGAGGCUCAAACAGUCGCUUAUGGCAAGGUGGCGCGAGCCCAAUCUGACACUCCACCGAUACAAGGUUUCUGGUCCUGAUGGAAGUCUAGUAAGCAGUCAUGCCAGUUCCCACAUCAGUCUGCGCAUGGUGCCAGGACAAGAAGUGGGCAACGUGAUUGAAGCCCUCGUCAAGUUCCUUGAGAAUGAGUUUUCUCAGCUUGAGUCACAGAACAAACUCACCAUCAACGUCGACAACAGAGCUGAACCAUGGCUUGGAGACCCUACCAAUGCUAUCUUCCAGACACUGGAGAAGGCCAUCCUGGAGACAUGGGAUGAGUGUUUCGAAACGUCGCCUUCAUCAGGAGAAGCUACACCAGAGCCCGAAAAGGCAGAAAAGUCCAAGGAGGAGGAAGUUCUGUCAGUAAAGACCAAGCUUGGCAAACCUCGUAAGCCGCUCUACAUCCGCGAGGGUGGAUCCAUCCCAGCGAUCAGAUUCUUGGAGAAGGAAUUUGGAGCUCCUGCAGCGCAUUUGCCUUGCGGACAGUCAAGCGAUUCGGCUCAUCUGGACAACGAGCGGAUAUGUCUGCUGAACCUAUUGAAGGCUCGUGAGAUUUUUGGCAAGGUGUUCAGUCGAUUGUAA